GAAGCGUCAUUCGUUGAAAACAGCAACAAGACUCAUAGAAACUAGCUGCUGUAUACGGAACGGAUUUCACAAGAAACGAACCGGGCAACAGGCUUCCCUUCGUCACUGAACAUUUUAUUUCUCUCAUCGCCAUGAAAUGAGGGCAACAUGGGGGCCAAAGAGUCACGGAUAGGUUUCCUGUCGUAUGAAGAGGCCGUCAAGAGAGUUACUGAUGUGGAACUCAAACGAUUGAAGGAUGCCUUCAAGAGGACCAGUGGCCUGUCCUGCUACAUGACCCAGCAAUGCUUCUACCGAGAAGUUCUUGGAGAUGGGGUCCCACCUAAGGUUACAGAGGUAAUCUACAACUCUUUUGGAGGCACCUCCAAGGGUUUGCACUUUAACAACCUCAUUGUGGGGCUGGUUCUGCUUACACGAGGACGAGAUGAAGAGAAGGCCAAGUACCUCUUCAGCCUAUUCGCCAGCGAGUCUGGCGGCUAUGCGGCACGUGAUGACAUGGAGACCAUGCUACGGGCCGUGGACGGGGAAGUCCCUCCCUCCCUCAGGAAGUGCUUCAGCGAGGGAGAGAAGGUGAACUAUGAGCGUUUCAGGAAUUGGCUUCUACAGAACAAAGAGGCCUUCACCUUCUCCCGUUGGCUGCUCUCCGGGGGCGUGUGUGUCACCCUCACGGAUGACAGCGACACGCCCACCUUCUACCAGACCCUUGCCGGGGUCACACACUUAGAAGAAUCAGAUAUCAUUGACUUGGAGAAGCGCUACUGGCUGUUGAAAGCUCAAUCCAGAACAGGCCGCUUUGACUUGGAAACCUUCGUCCCUCUGGUCUCACCUCCUAUCCACACAUCGCUUAGUGAAGGCUUGUUCCAUGCCUUUGAUGAGAAUCGGGACAAUCACAUCGACUUCAAGGAGAUCUCCUGUGGUCUGUCUGCAUGUUGCCGGGGCCCUGAGGCAGAAAGACAAAAGUUUUGUUUUAAAGUAUUUGAUGUGGACCGGGAUGGAGUUCUUUCUCAAGAUGAACUCCAUGAAAUGGUUGUGGCACUCCUGGAAGUGUGGAAGGACAAUCGCACAGACACACUAACUGAGUUGCAUAUGAACGUGUGGGAUAUUGUGGAGGGCAUUCUGAAGACGCAUGAUACAACCAAGAUGGGUCAUUUGACCCUGGAGGACUACCAGAUAUGGAGUGUGAAGAGCGCUCUCGCCAAUGAGUUCCUUAACCUGCUCUUCCAGGUAUGCCACAUAGUCUUGGGACUGAGACCCGCCACCCCGGAAGAGGAGGGCCAAAUCAUUAGGGGGUGGCUGGAGAGGGAGAGCAGACAUGGGCUCCAGCAUGGCCAGAAUUGGUUCCUCAUCUCCAUGCAAUGGUGGCAGCUGUGGAAGGACUACGUCAAAUAUGAGCAGAAGGCCAUAGUAGUGGAGCAGCCCUCCAUCUUCAGCUCUCUGAGGAGCCCCCAGGCCACUGCCACCGUGGAGCCAGCCCCCCAGGAGCCAGGCGAAGGGGUCGGGGGGGCUCCUCGGGUCUACAGCCCCAUCAGCCCCCCAGAGGAGAGGUCCCCUGAUGCAAUCUCCAGUGCUUCGGAGGCGACGGAGAACCCCAGCACUGUUUUAACUCCUCACGCUACUUCCUCGGCCACAGAGGGCUGUUUUGCCCGGCAACACCACGUGUCAGACAACAACAACCAGUGCUUCUCUGGCGCCAAUGGCCACAUCCCCUGUCUCCUGGCAGCUCAGAGACCCGGGGCUAUCGACAACCAGUCUCUGGUCUCAACAGACCCCAUGAAGGCCCCCACAUUGACCAUGGAGGGUGGCAGACUGAAGCGGACACUACACCUGAUGGCGGGCAGGGAUUUCGAGACGGUACCAGAGCCUGUGUGGAGGGCGCUGUACCACUGGUACGGUGCCAACCUCAGCCUGCCACGACCGGUGAUCCAGCAGACCAAGACAGGCCGGGCUGAGCUGGAGCUCUUCCCCCGAUACCUCCUCUUCCUCCGGCAGCAGCCGGCCUCGCGCACCCCCCAAUCCAACAUCUGGGUCAAUAUGGGUAUGACCAGCCUGCGAAUGUUCCCCCAGCACUUGCCCCGAGGCAACGUCCCAUCCCCCAGCGCUCCCCUGAAGCGGGUGCUGGCCUACACGGGAUGCUUCAGCCGCAUGGGCACCAUCAAGGACAUCCACCUGUACCUGUCCCAGAGGCUCCGCAUCAAGGAGGAGGACAUGAGGCUCUGGCUCUACAACAGUGAGAACUACCUCACCCUUUUGGACGACGAAGACCACACCCUGGAGAGUCUGAAGAUAAACGACGAGCAGCACUUGGUUAUCGAGGUCCGAAACAAAGACAUGAGUUGGCCGGAGGAGAUGUCCUUUAUUGCAAACAGCAGUAAAAUGGAUAGACACAAAGUCCCAACAGAGAAAGGGGCCACAGGCCUCAGUAACCUAGGCAACACAUGCUUCAUGAACUCCAGUAUCCAGUGUGUGAGCAACACCCAGCCUCUCACAGAGUAUUUCAUAUCAGGAAGACACCUCUACGAGCUCAACAGAACCAAUCCCAUUGGGAUGCGCGGUCACAUGGCCAAGUGCUAUGGCGACCUGGUGAUGGAGCUGUGGAGUGGGACGCAGAAGAAUGUUGCUCCUCUCAAACUCAGGUGGACGAUAGCGAAGUACGCCCCCAGGUUCAACGGCUUCCAGCAGCAGGACUCCCAGGAGCUGCUGGCCUUCCUGCUGGACGGCCUUCACGAGGACCUGAACCGCGUCCACGAGAAGCCCUACGUGGAGCUGAAGGACAGCGACCUGCGGCCUGACUGGGAGGUGGCCUCCGAGGCGUGGGAGAACCACUUGCGCAGGAACAGAUCCAUCGUCGUCGACCUCUUCCACGGCCAGCUGAAGUCGCAGGUCAAGUGCAAGACGUGCGGCCACAUCAGCGCCCGCUUCGACCCCUUCAACUUCCUGUCCCUGCCGCUGCCCAUGGACAGCUCCAUGCACCUGGAGAUCACAGUCAUCAAGCUGGAUGGUUCCACUCCGGUGCGGUUCGGCCUGAGGCUCAACAUGGAUGAGAAGUACACGGGUUUGAAGAAGCAGUUGAGUGAGCUGUGCAGCCUGAAGCCUGAGCAGAUCCUUCUGGCAGAGGUGCACACCUCCAACAUCAAGAAUUUCCCUCAGGACAACCAGAAGGUGCGUCUGUCAGUGAACGGCUUCCUGUGCGCGUUUGAAAUCCCUGUGCCUGGCUCACCCACCUCCCUCACCUCACCCACGCAGACAGACAUCACCCCCAUGGCGAAUGGGUCUGCAGUGAACGGGCACCCUGGCAGGCCAGGACUCAUCCCCAACGGCAUGCCCAGCACGGUGGUGCCCAGCACCAAUGAGAAGCCCCUGGCCAACGGGGUGCCCAACGGCCACAUCACACCAGUCCAGGACAGCCCCUUCAUCGGCUACAUCAUCGCCAUGCACAGGAAGAUGAUGCGCUCGGAGCUGUACUUCAUCUCAUCCCAGAAGAAUCGUCCCAGCCUGUUCGGCAUGCCUCUGAUCGUGCCCUGCACGGUCCACACCAGUAAGAAGGACCUGUACGAUGCUGUCUGGAUCCAGGUUUCCCGUCUGGCCAGCCCCCUGCCCCCACAGGAGGCCAGCAACCACGCACAGGACUGUGAUGACAGUAUGGGCUACCAGUACCCCUUCACGCUGCGGGUGGUGGGCAAGGAUGGAAACUCAUGUGCCUGGUGCCCCUGGUACAGGUUCUGCAGGGGCUGCGCAGUGGAGUGCACAGAGGACAGGGCGUCUGUGGGGAACGCCUACAUCGCAGUCGACUGGGACCCGACAGCGCUGCACCUCCGCUACCAGACCUCCCAGGAGAGGAUAGUGGAGGAGCACAGCAGCGUGGAGCAGAGCCGGAGGGCCCAGGCAGAGCCCAUCAGCCUGGACAGCUGUCUGAAGGCCUUCACCAGCGAGGAGGAGCUGGGCGAGGACGAGCUCUACUUCUGCUCCAAGUGUCAGUCCCACAGCCUGGCCACCAAGAAGCUGGACCUGUGGAGACUGCCACCCGUCCUGAUUGUCCACCUGAAGCGCUUCCAGUUUGUAAACGGGCGUUGGAUCAAGUCCCAGAAGAUCGUUAAGUUCCCCCGGGAGAAUUUCGACCCCAGUGCCUUCCUGGCUCCCAGGGAGGUGGAGCACAGUCUGCACUCCCACAGCGAGGGGGAGGGCUUUCUGAGGACGGGGAGUGGAGACAACAUCUCUUCUAUCUCUGCCCCGGCUGGACUCUCCAGCGCUUUCAAAGCCUCCCCAGCUUCCGGCAGGAAGUCUGCCCCCCCACUCAGCCGACACGGCAGCCCCGCCAGCAGUCCCAAGAGUGGCGGAGGGGGGCGGCGACAGGCCCGUCUCCGCCUUCCCCAGCUGGGAAGCCGCCUUCGCCUCUCUAACAGCAAGGAGAACCUGGAGGGAAGCACAAAGGACGGGGGCGCCAACCCCGACGCCGAGCCCAAGGAAGUGCCGCUGCAGGCCAACACGGAGGCCACGGGGGCAGAGGCCUCAGGCACAGGCAUCAGCUCAGGCGAAGUUGCCCCUAACCCCCCGGAGUCGUCCAUGGCAAGCGAGGCGUCCAGCAGCCACUGUGAUGUCAUUUUCAUGAAUGGCGAGAGCGUCCAAAGCAACGGUACAGAGGGCAGCACAGACCCUGGCUCGGACCUCGACACCUCCCAGCUGCACCAAAGAGAGAACAUCUGUCUGGAGCCCAUGUACAAUUUAUAUGCAAUCUCAUGUCAUUCAGGAAUCAUGGGAGGAGGCCACUAUGUGACCUACGCCAAAAACCCCAAUGAUAAAUGGUACUGUUACAAUGACAGCAGCUGUAAGGAAGUGCAUUCUGAGGAGAUUGACACCGACUCAGCGUACAUUCUCUUCUAUGAGCAGCAAGGCGUGGACUACUCACAGUUCCUUCCAAAAACUGACGGUAAAAAGAUGGCCGACACCAGUAGCAUGGACGAAGACUUUGAGUCUGACUACAAGAAAUACUGCGUCCUCCAGUGAUCGUAUUGUCUUCCAUCGCUAGACUCAACCUACACUUGUCCUUCGGGACUAACAGAUGCAGCUGGGUAGGGACAAAGACUAUUUUUCAUCUAGUGGAUGCCAGGAAGCACAAAAUGGCGGCAUUUUGCAGAGUCAUCACAAACUGACCCAUAAGGAUGUCUUAUGACGACAUAUUGAAUAACGGUACCCUAUUUGUGACGGGGUGCGUUCCAGCACUUUCUCCAUAUAGAGACAUUGAACAAGAAAACAUCGGGCAAGUGUCAGUGUUGCCAAGGGAACAAAAUAGCCCCAAUUAAAAAGCACUAAAUUGGCACACUGCAGUGCACAUCAAGCCCAGUGAAAUGACUCCCCUUCGCAUCACUCAAGAGUGUAGCCCAUGCCAUUGAACAACUGUAUCAUCAUCAAAAACAAAAAAAUACACACAACAUUGGAAUGUGUAUUGGAGGUUUGCACAUGAACUGAAACUGCUUCCCCUGUUGUGCGUUUAUCGCAAGCCAAAGUCCCAGUGGGGUGAGCUGAAACUCUUCUUGCAGCUGUAAGUGUCUACUCUCCAUAGCCAUCUUUCAGACCAUUUAUUUCAGUAUUUGAGGAUGUGUUGAACACCUGUUUUGGACUAUUGACAGUCAUUGACAAAUUAAAUUCAAAUAUUUAGCACCCCCCUCUUUCCACAGCUCUCAAGUGGUGUCAGUAGAUAAAACCUUCAUGCUACCUCACCAUUGUUUGCAUUUGUGACAGUAUUAAAAGUUCCUCUGAGGUACAUUCACACUUUAAGUUUUCCUUUUAUGAACAACUCAAUAUUUCUGAGGACAUUGGCUUUCAAUUUGGCUUUUUCCUCCCCAAAAAUUAAGAAACAACCAUCAAUCCAAAAUAAAAUGAAAGAAAGAACCACCACACCUGGAAGGUUAUUUGUGCAAUGUUGAUUAACGUAGUUAAUGGGGCUUGUUUCUGGGUUUGGGUCCAAUUCAGUUUCAGUGGAGUGAUUCCAGGAUGACAUGAAUUGAUAAAGCACUGAAGUCUAUUGUUGAGUAAAAAAAAUCACUUUCUGAAUGAAUACAUAAUCAAACCCCACCCAUUUAAUUACUUUAUUUUAACUCUUAAACUUGAGUGUAAAUCUGAGUUAUGUUCAGGACAGGUGCCAUAGAUCAUGAUUCUAAGAGAUGCUUUAAGUAUAUGGUAUUUGCAUAUAUUUUUAUUUUUUUUUAUUUGUAUCCAAAUACUUAUUUUAUAGUAAUUGAAUUUGUAUUGUUUGUGUUUUAAGCACACUUGCUUUAUUAGGGGUAUUCCAAUCACUACUGUUUCUAUGAUACAGAUACAGUUUGAUACUGUAAUUAAUAGGGCUGCCUUUUAAGUCUUUAUGCUAUUGCUAAGCACAGUGCCCAAAGGCUGUCAUGUUACUAUCAUUUGCAUGAUGUAUUUGCUGCUAGUUGAAAAAAAUCUGUGUCUCCUUCAAACCAGUGUCACAUGAAUAACGUUUCUGCAUCUCUACUGUAGUCUGCUGCCACUUCCAGCUAGAGAAGCUAAAGCACUGGGUGCAUCAUGACACGGCAUGUCAUGUCACUUACCUUUCAUCAGAUGUUUCAUCAUGAUGAGUCUAUGACAGUUCAAUCGAGACAAAUAUAUCAAGUAUAGCUACUUGUUGAUGACUGUAGCCAAGCCAACAGCUAAAUGCAUUUAAAAUAUGUCUGCGUCUCUGAUGUCAUGUUGUAUUCCAUGUUGAGUUGUAAGAGACUUCCAUGGUCAAGCCAAAGUCCUUCACAGAUUGUACUAGCCAACACAAGAGGCCCCACAAGCAGAUGGCAUGUGAAACUUGGGGGGACAGUAAGAUGAAACAUUAAGAAUUGGUAGAAAUGUCUUACAUUGAGGCAACAUGAGUCCCUAUUUCACAUGACUGCAAAUCAUAUGUAUUCUGAAUAAUGUAUUUGUAUAUGAAUGUUGUUAGUGGAAAACUUGUCAACUCACGCUGCUUGUUCAUUUGACAGGUCUCAGUGGAGACUGUGAAUUGGAAAUGCACGUAUAUAUAUAUAUAUUUUUUUUCUUUUACUCUGAACUCUUCAGUCAGUCGCAGAUUUGUACGUCUGGUUUGUAGGAGCAUUUGCAAAAAGCUCUUCUUUGGAGCUGCAUCUUAAAUCACCACUGUGAACUGAUUUUGUUUAUUUGAAAAAUGAUGAACCGUUAACAGUUCUCAGUAUUUAUUGUUGCUGUUCAACAAAUUGCAUUGCUUUGCUUGCUUUUAGCUGUCAAAAUCAUUCAGAGAAUUUUAAGCAAAUACACCUUCUAACCUCCUUUUUGAACUAUUUCGUUUUUUUAGCUGCUGAAUCUUGGGGUGCUGUCAUCAUGGAUGUAUAAGAUAAAUGUCUGUCAUUGAAGUACAUUUUUAUUUUUCUUUGUCAGAAAAUGAUCUCCGUAAAACAAAUGUAAGCAUAUUGAGCCGUGUGUGUGGUCACCCUAGUAAAAUGUUUGUCCCCAAUUGAUCAAUGGUGUCAAAUGAAUGUUAUAGAGUGAGUGUCAAGGCCUGGCUUGUUUGUGCAAACUGAUGAGUACUAUAAAACUCUCCAAUUAAAUCAACACUUUUUAAAAUAUUCUUUUCACUUUGUUUUUAACAUUCAAUAACUGGUGACUGGCUCGUGUUGUAGAUUAGGUUUUACACUUAUUUUGUGUGACAAGAUCAAGAUGGCAUAUUCUGCUUUUUUUUGUUCUAUCUUGCACAAAGCUUAGUCUUUUUAAUAAAAGUGGCUGCAGUCAGCUGCCAGUGUUGGAAUUGGAGUAAUUAAAUGUCCAAUUCAAGUGAUUGGGAUUUAAAUUGAAAAGACCCCUUUCUCUAUUUUAGAGACCCCCUCCCUCCAGAUUGCAAUGUAUAGCUUUGGCAUGUAGUGCAAUCUACUACUGAACUUGUACUUAUCCUCAUCCUUUGUCUAAUAUUUGUUGUGUUAAGUUAAUUUCAGUGGAUCGUCAAGAGAGAUGUUAAUUUAAUGAACUUUAUUUUGUUGAGAGUAAAUAUGACAUUGCACUGACAUUGAAAAUGUACAUACGUGUUUUGUAAAUAAGCCAAUAAUACUGUAUGUAUUUGAAUAUGAACUGUAAAAAAUUACUGUAGUUGUAUAUGGAGUGAUGAUGUUGAUCUGUAACAAAUAUUCAAGCAACAAAUUAAAUUCUGCAGAUGCAAUUCAA